GAUGUAUCCAAAACAUAUUCCCAUAUCGGCUCGGCAGAUCAAUUGAAUAGUUUCUUUUUUGUUUUUUCGUAAUUUUUAAAAAAUAAAAUGUAUUUAAAUAGCUUAAUGUCUAUGUAAUUUCACUAAGAGAUUGUGCCAAAAUAUUAAGGCAAACUCCAUUUAGUUAAGAAUACAGAAUCUCACCAAAAAGUCGUCUCAUAAAAAUGAUGCGAUUUUCUCGAAAAUGUAAAUUGAUUUUAUGUGCUAUAUGUGUGGCAGCAUUUCUUGGCACAUAUUUGCUUAUCAAUUUUUCCGUACCGGCCGACAAGCAGACAAACGUUUUUAACAUUGAAAGUAAACUAAAACAACUUGAAAAUGGUUUGCAAAUGCAUCAACAGGAAAUGGGUCAUCUCAAGAAGAAACUGGAAAACUUCCAAAGCAAUCAAAAUAAGAUCGAGCCCGAUGCGAUGGAUUCGAAGGAACAGCGUUUUCUUAAACAUCCUAAGUUUGGACCACAGCAAUUGAAUAAAAAAGAAAUGUUCAAGGAAAUGGUAAUAAGCGCCGAGGAUAAUCAACAGUGUGACAUUAAUGUUGACCCCGAGACACAUGUUAAUAUACAGAUGCUGGAGGUAUAUAAGAAUAUCUCAUUCGACAAUGUGGACGGUGGAGUCUGGAAACAAGGAUGGAAUAUAAAAUACGAUCCUCUACAAUUUAAUGACCAUCAUAAGCUGAAGGUUUUCGUCGUGCCCCAUUCGCACAAUGAUCCAGGAUGGAUCAAAACAUUUGAUGCUUACUACGAGCACGACACAAAACAUAUUUUAUCGAAUAUGUUACGUCAUUUAAAAGAAAAUCCUGACAUGAAGUUUAUUUGGGCAGAAAUAUCUUAUUUUUCUCGCUUUUUUGAGGGACUUGGCCAGAAUUCAAAAAUGGAAACAAAAAAAUUGGUUCAAAAUCAUCAAUUAGAUUUUGUGACUGGUGGAUGGGUAAUGCCUGAUGAAGCCAAUUCGCAUUGGCUUAGUAUUUUGAUGCAAUUGACCGAAGGACACACUUGGCUAAAGAAGAAUUUGAAUGUAACUCCUACUUCGUCGUGGUCUAUUGAUCCAUUUGGUCAUAGCGCAACAAUGCCGUAUAUAUUGAAAAACUCUGGAUUUGAUAAUUUGUUAAUUCAACGAACACAUUAUUCGGUAAAGAAGCGUCUUGCCCGUAUGAAGGAACUUGAAUUUAAAUGGCGGCAAAUUUGGGAUGUUUCAGGUCGGACAGAGCUUUUCACUCACAUGAUGCCAUUCUACUCAUAUGACAUACCACACACAUGUGGUCCGGAUCCAAAGAUUUGCUGUCAGUUUGACUUUAAGCGGAUACCAGGCUUCGGAAUAGCCUGUCCCUGGCAUGUCCAGCCCCAAGCUAUUGAUGACCAAAAUGUAGCGAGAAAAGCUGAAAUGUUAGUUGACCAAUGGCGUAAGAAAGCCGAGCUCUACAAAACAAAUUCCGUAUUGAUUCCUUUGGGUGAUGACUUCCGAUACAGUCAAAGCACCGAAUGGGAAGCUCAAAUGCGAAACUAUGAAAUGCUGUUCGAUUACAUCAAUAACGAGCGCAAGAUGUUUACAGAAGCUAAAUUCGCGACAUUGCAAGAGUAUUUCGAUUCAGUUCGUAAAGAGCAGGAUUUAGCUUCCUUCCCCACGUUGAGUGGAGAUUUCUUUACGUACGCAGAUAGAGAUGAUCACUACUGGAGCGGUUAUUACACAUCUCGUCCUUAUCACAAGAGAAUGGACAGAGUGCUUCUGCAUCAUAUACGCAGUGCUGAAAUGCUUCAUGCUUGGAGUUCCUGGGAUCCAUCUGCGAAGUUUGAUGAAAUGCUUCAGAAUGCCAGGAGAGAGCUUUCAUUGUUUCAGCAUCAUGAUGGAAUAACCGGAACUGCAAAAACUCACGUUGUAUUCGACUAUGCCAAUCGAACACUCAACGCUAUAAAAGAUUGUCGGUUUGUUAUGCAACAGGCUGUGUAUCGACUUUUGACAAAGGAUUCUAUAUACAGUCCAGAUUAUAAGUUUACAUAUUUCUUCUUUGACGAAUCUCAUUGGCCAGGGCCUGAUGACGGCCGGACAACAAUCAUUCUGGGAGAUGAAUUACCAACCAAAUAUGUUGUGUUUCAUAACUCUCUGUCGAAGUGGCGAGAAGAAUUGGUUGAAUUAUACGUUUCAAAACCUUUUAUAAGCGUUCAUGAUCUCGACAACAAAGACAUUCCCGCACAAAUAAGUCCUGUAUGGUCUUGGCAUGGGCACCACGAUGGCAACGCUGCAUUCCCUCAAGCCUCUACAACGAAAUACAGAUUGCUGUUCAAGGUGAAUGUGCCUCCUUUGGGACUAAUAACCUAUGUCAUUCAAUCAGAACCUGGUGAAACUAUGCCAAAAAGCACUACUCUAGGUAAAAAUAGAAUUCUCACAGUAUCGCCGUACUCUGUAAAUUUAGGUGACUACCCGGAUCAAGUUAAGUUUGCAGAGCCCAGAGACAUCUCGUUGCGUGUUGGCGAUGGACCGACUGUGGCUUUCCAUGGGAAUGGCCUUCUCAAAUCAAUACAAAUCGAUGACUCUUCGCCACACAUUCCAACAAGUUUAAACUUUCUUCGAUACGGAACUCGAAUGACAGGCCCAAUGAGUGGUGCAUACCUGUUCCUGCCCUACGGCGAAGCGAGUCCUCUGCCCAUAGUCAAUCCCGUUGUUCUGGUCCAAGAAGGGCCAUUAGAGUCGAGUGUGACUACUGGUUUGCCAUUUGCCGUGCACCAAACCAUAUUGCGCGGAGGCCACCCUGAGAUAAGAAACAUGAUAGAUAUAGGAGUGAUGGACAACACGGAAAUUGUUAUGCGUAUAGCAACUCGCAUUCAAAGUGGGGAAACUUUCUAUACAGAUCUUAAUGGCUUACAAAUUAUAAAACGAAAAAGGUUCCAAAAGAUACCGCUACAGGCUAACUACUAUCCUAUACCAUCUAGCAUCUUUAUUGAAGACGAUAGUUUGCGGUUAACAAUUGUGUCGGCCCAACCUCUAGGUGGUACUUCAUUGAGAGGAGGUGAGAUGGAAAUAAUGCAAGAUCGACGCUUAGCUCAAGAUGACGAACGCGGGCUGGGCCAAGGGGUUCUAGACAAUCGCCCAGUACAACACAUAUUCCGUUUGGUUUUGGAAAAAAUCGAGUCUUGCUCAAAAUUAACAGAGGAAUACCCUGGAGGAUUCCUUACAAAAAAUGCAUUUAAUGAAUAUCAGACUCUCUUACAUCCAAUUGAUAAAUUCAUUUGGGUUGAAAAUGAUUGGGUAGGUGUUCAAAACACAUUCGGAGAAAAUCACGAGCAAGUCGAGGAGGGAGUUCAAUUGGCCGUUAUGCGAAAUAUUCCAAACACUAAACCAUUUAGUAAAAAGAAAGAUAAAGCAUCUCUGGACACUGGAUUGGUGGUACACAGAACUAAUCUAAUGGAAUGUAAUUCAGAUAGUCAUAGAUCUGGAGUGAUAAAUAUUAAAAGAUUAUUGAGCCUCUCCGAUGAAGAAAACGCGAGCAUAUACAAAACGGUCUUGACAUUUAUUGGCAAAAAGCAACCAAUAACAACAGACGAAAUCAAUUUCUGCCCUAUGGAUACCAAAGCAUUUAUCAUUCAAAGAUGACAAAACUAAAUCUUGCUUGACUUGACAAGACAAACAAAUUAGCAACAGCGAAUCUCUAAGAUCUAAUCUCACAGACAAAAAGAAAAGAUUUUCUCUUAACAGUUCUCUAUUUUAUUUUGUAAUUAUUCUAAUUUUCACUUGUGAUAUUACUAACGUUAUUUUUGUUUUACAUCUCAAAAUAAUUUAUAUACAAAUUUUGAGGGUGUUUCGUAAUAGAAAAUUAUGUUUACGUACCAAAUUAAUAAAAUCAAUCACAACUUUUUCAAAGGCAUUAUAAUAAAUACAUAUAUUUCAUAAAAAUAAAUAAAUCCAGAUAAAUAAAUUUAAAAUCUUAUACGCAUAAUUAUUGUGUAAAAGAAUGCACUGAAAUGUAAUAAACUAAUAAAACAAGAACAAAACUUUAACUAACUGAAACUAUAAUUUAAAAAAAAGUCAAUUUUAAGCUAAAUGUUAACUGUACAAUUAUUUCACCCUAGUUUUCAACUUUUGUGCGUAAAUAAAAAUGUUAAAAAAAGAAA